AUUUCUAGGCUCUUUACAAAACGCAAAAUACAAAUAAUUCUUCUCCUUGUUUAUUCCUUCAACUUUCCUUCAACAAUUCCGUCUUCUCCCGCGAAUUCCUCCGCGUUCCGAUCGAUACUCGCCGGGCUAAAUUACAGUCUCUCCACCACCGUUAGGAAUUCUCUUCUGACUCCAUCCAUAUCCACCGCUUAUCCGCCAUGACGCCUGAAUAGUAUGCAAGCCAAUUCGUUGCUUCUGAUUAUGUUUUUCGAUUUUAAAUUCUCCGAUAUCAAUUCACUUUUUCGGAACUUGUUUGUUUUUAUUUCUUUAGAAUUAGUCUGGAUCUGUGAUUAUUUGUUUAAGCUCCUGCUUAUUGGAGAUUCUGGUGUUGGAAAAUCAUGUCUCCUUCUGAGGUUUGCAGAUGAUUCGUAUUUGGAUAGCUACAUUAGCACCAUCGGGGUUGACUUUAAAAUCCGCACCGUGGAGCUGGAUGGAAAGACUAUAAAGCUCCAAAUAUGGGAUACUGCUGGCCAAGAACGUUUUAGAACAAUAACCAGCAGCUACUACCGUGGUGCUCAUGGCAUUAUUGUUGUUUAUGAUGUCACAGACCAAGACAGUUUCAAUAAUGUUAAACAGUGGUUAAAUGAAAUUGAUCGUUAUGCAAGUGAAAACGUGAACAAACUUCUUGUGGGUAACAAGUCUGACCUGACAGCAAACAAAGUCGUGUCCUAUGAAACCGCAAAGGCGUUUGCGGAUGAAAUUGGAAUUCCCUUUAUGGAAACAAGUGCUAAAAGUGCCACGAACGUUGAACAAGCUUUCAUGGCCAUGGCUGCUGAAAUCAAGAAUAGGAUGGCAACUCAACCGAUGAACAAUGCGCGGCCGCCAACUGUUCAAAUUCGAGGACAGCCUGUGAACCAAAAGUCUGGUUGCUGCUCAUCUUGAAGAAAAAUAGGAGAUGGAGAUAUCUCUAUGAUGAUUGGGUUCUUCACAUGUAAAACUCUUUUCUUAUAAAAAGCUUCGUUUUGUUUUUUGUGUUCUUCUCUCCAUCAUUUACUUUGUUGGUCGGUCAGCACUUUGUUUAAAAUUUCCCCAUUCUUUUCAAUGUAUUUGAUUCUCAUAACAUAAGCUGAAACAAACAAAAACAAAAACAAAAACAAAAAAACUAAACCAUCUGUACAAAUUAGAAAAUAUUAUUGGUGAAUAGCACUAUCCACUAUUUGCUCUUUUA